AAAAAAAAAAAAAACGAAUUGCUUCUGCUUUUGAAAGUAAACAUUAAUUAAAAUAUCAAAAUAAGUGAUUUGACAUAUAAGGACAGGAGUGAAGUAAAAUUGUAAGAGAGAAGGCGAUAUGGACGGCAGGUGAGACCCAAGACUAAAGGCAAUCAUGCUGAACAAUUUCCAACCAGAAAAGGAUUGCAUGACUAAUUUUGAUAUCCCACUUUCGUCUCUUCGUCUCUUUGAUUACUUUUUCCAACCAGAAAAGGCUCUGUCUUUCUGAGCUUCCAGUUUGUUCAGGUGAAUUAGAUUUGUUGUACAACAAUAAUUGUAUGCCUCUUCAAGGUGGUGAACCCACAAUGGAUACAAGUGAUUGGAGGGCUCAGUCGCUGCCAAAUUCACGUCAAACGAAGUGUCAACAAGAUGUAGUUUAAGUUGAUAAAUUUAUACAACUUAUAAUAUAAUAUAAUUUUUUGACAGACAAUAAUAAUCGGAGGCCUAUUCAAAGCGGAGAACCAACAAUGAACACAAGUGAUUGGAGGACUCAGUUGCAGCCAGAUACACGGCAACGAAUUAUCGACAAGAUAAUAGAUACGUUGAAGAAACAUCUUCGCUACUCUGGUCAAGAAGGAUUGCAUGAACUGGAGAAAAUCGCUGUCAGGUUUGAGGAAAAGAUAUAUAAUGCUGCCAUAAGCCAGCAGCAGCAGCAACAACGAGAACAACAGGUUAUGGCUCAGCAAAGCAACCUAUCAAAUAUGCAUCAGCAACAGUUGGGCCCUCAAAGUAGUGUUACUGGAUUGCAGCAACCGCAGCAGCUGCUUGGGUCAACGGCCCAGACAGGACAUGCAGAUGGGGGUGAUUGGAAAGAGGAAGCCUAUCAAAAGAUCAAGAGCUUGAACGACUUGUAUUUUGCUGAUAUGAAUGAAAUGUCCCGGAAAAUUGCUGUUAAAUUGCAGCAGCAUGAUUCUCUUCAACAACCCAAAACAGAGCAGCUUGAGAAGCUAAGAUUAUUUAAGGCUAUGUUGGACAAAAGUCUGGCAUUUUUACAGCUAAACAAAAAUAGCAUUUUAAUAGGUCACAAGGAUAAAUUGCCUUUGUAUGAGAAGCAGAUAGUAAGUUUUGUCAGUUCAAAUAGGCCCAGGAGACCUGCUUCUUCAUUGCAGCAAGGACAGCUUGUUUUGACAGACCACAAUAAUUGGAGGCCUAUUCAAAGCGGAGAACCAACAAUGGACACAAGUGAUUGGAGGUCUCAGUUGCAGCCAGAUUCACGUCAAAAAAUUAUCAACAAGAUAAUGGAUACGUUGAAGAAAAAUCUUCCCUACUCUGGUCAAGAAGGAUUGCAUGAACUGGAGAAAGUCGCUGUCAGGUUUGAGGAAAAGAUAUAUAAUGCUGCCAUAAGCCAGUCAGAUUAUUUACGGAAAAUUUCAUUGAAGAUGCUUUCAGUGGAGACUACAUGUUCAAACACAAUGGCCGAUUCUUUGCCUUCCAACACUGUUGGCACCAGCAGCAAGACCCCAGAUCCAGGCAAUGUUUUCAAACGCUCUCUUAGGGUGCGGCGCAAGAAACAUGCACUGAAGCGAGUUAAAAAAAGCAGGGAUCCAAAAGGGUCCAUGCUCUAGAGGAUGGGGCAUGUCAUGUAUGAUGCAGGGAUCCAAAAGGGUCCAUGCUCUGGAGGAUGGGGCAUGUCAUGUAUGAUGUAUAUGUCUUUUCGAGCGUUGUUCCUCAAGCGUACACUCAGUGAGAUAGAGAAAUAAUAAUAUUAAUAAUAAUAAAAAGAUUUUAAAGGUAUUUUAUUUA